AUGGGCACUCUGGAGACGUUCGGGUUGAGGGAAGCGUGGCCGCGCAGUCUACACAUCGAACUGCCCGCCGAUCCGCUCUUCUUCACCGUGUUCGCCUCGCUGGUCGCCGUCCCGUCCCUCUUCUUCGUCGCCACCAUCGUCACGACGCUCAUCGUCAAUUUCGGAAUCGCCUUCAUCGUUCAAACAUCCGCGCUCAUCUUCUGCCUGGCCUGGUUCGUGCCGACGUUCAUCUUCUGCAUCGCAGGCGCCUUCUUCAUCACAAAGGCCACGCGCGCUGUCUUCUUCCUCCUCGAUCAAGUCGAACAACGCCAUUUGCCGUACGACAAAUCGGCCCACGAGAAGCUGCAC